GAAGAGGCGGGCGCGGCGGCGCUCGGUCUCUAGGCUGCGCGCGGAGCGGGAGGGCUCUUCUCACAGCGGUGCUUCCUCGCGCGGAGGUCGGAGCUGCGGCACCGCAGGCCUGGGCCGCCGCUCGUGCGCCACCCUGCUCUCUCGUCUUCCGGGCUCUGGGUCCGCUCGCCCUCCGCCGCUGCCCAGGAAUUUAACAAGACACUGAAGUUUUGUUUCAAGUACAUUUUGAACUGAAGCCAGAAAUGUGCUAGGCUUUAGAUUCUUUCAUUUGAUUAAGGUAUGGUCUGAAUAUGCGUUGCUUGGCAGCCCGGGUCAACUACAAGACUUUGAUUGUCAUCUGUGCACUCUUCACUCUGGUCACGGUACUUCUGUGGAACAAGUGCUCCAGGGAUAAAGCAGUCCAGUUUCCGCGACAUUUGAAUGGCGGCUUCCGAGGGGAUGGAUUAGAGAAAAGAGCAGCGGCGUCCGAGAGUAACCACUACCUGAACCAUGGGGCCAGAGCGCACUCGGAGGAGGCCUUGCCCCAGGAGCAGCAGAGAGCGCCCCCUGUCGUCGGGGGUUUCAACAGCAAUGGGGGAAGCAAGGUGCUGGGGCUCAAAUACGAGGAAAUUGACUGUCUCAUAAAUGACGAACACACGAUUAAAGGGAGACGAGAGGGGAACGAAGUCUUUCUUCCAUUCACGUGGGUAGAGAAAUACUUUGACGUUUAUGGAAAGGUGGUCCAGUAUGAUGGCUACGAGCGGUUUGAAUUCUCACACAGCUAUUCCAAAGUCUACGCACAGAGAGCUCCUUACCACCCCGAUGGGGUGUUCAUGUCCUUUGAAGGCUACAACGUGGAAGUCCGAGACAGAGUCAAGUGCAUAAGUGGGGUUGAAGGUGUGCCAUUAUCUACACAGUGGGGACCUCAAGGCUAUUUCUACCCAAUCCAGAUUGCACAGUAUGGCCUGAGUCAUUACAGCAAAAAUCUGACUGAGAAACCCCCUCAUAUCGAGGUCUAUGAAACAGCAGAAGACAGGGACAGAAGCAGCAAAGCUAGUGACUGGACCGUGCCCAAGGGCUGCUUCAUGGCCAGCGUGGCUGAUAAGACUAGGUUCACCAACGUUAAGCAGUUCAUUGCCCCGGAAACCAGCGAAGGUGUGUCCUUGCAACUGGGAAACACAAAGGAUUUUAUUAUUUCAUUUGACCUCAAGUUCUUGACGAAUGGGAGUGUGUCCGUGGUUCUGGAGACCACAGAAAAGAACCAGCUUUUCACUGUGCAUUAUGUCUCGAACAUGCAGCUGAUUGCUUUUAAGGAAAGAGACGUGUACUAUGGCAUCGGGCCCAGAACUUCAUGGAGCACGGUGACCAGGGACCUGGUCACAGACCUCAGGAAAGGAGUGGGUCUGUCCAACACAAAAGCUGUCAAGCCAACCAAAAUAAUGCCCAGAAAGGUGGUCAGGUUGAUUGCGAAGGGGAAGGGAUUCCUGGACAAUAUCACCAUCUCUACCACAGCCCACAUGGCCGCAUUCUUCGCUGCCAGUGAUUGGCUGGUAAGGAACCAGGACGAGAAAGGGGGCUGGCCCAUUAUGGUGACCCGCAAGUUAGGGGAAGGCUUUAAGUCCCUAGAGCCAGGCUGGUACUCGGCCAUGGCCCAAGGGCAAGCCAUGUCUACGCUGGUCAGGGCGUAUCUGUUAACGAAAGACCACACAUUCCUCAAUUCAGCUUUAAGGGCAACGGCCCCGUACAAGUUUCUGUCGGAGCAGCAUGGAGUCAAAGCUGUGUUUAUGAAUAAGCAUGACUGGUAUGAAGAGUAUCCAACCACCCCUAGCUCUUUCGUUCUAAAUGGCUUUAUGUAUUCCUUAAUCGGGCUGUAUGACUUAAAAGAAACUGCAGGGGAAAAGCUGGGCAAAGAGGCAAAGUCCUUGUACGAGCGCGGCAUGGAGUCCCUCAAAGCCAUGCUGCCUCUGUACGACACUGGCUCAGGAACCAUCUACGACCUCCGACACUUCAUGCUGGGCAUCGCACCCAACCUGGCCCGCUGGGACUACCACACCACCCACAUCAACCAGCUGCAGCUGCUCAGUACCAUCGAUGAGUCCCCUGUCUUCAAGGAAUUCGUCAGGAGGUGGAAGAGCUACCUUAAAGGCAGCAGGGCAAAGCACAACUAGAGCUCACGACCAAAACCGCAUGGAGCCUCCUGUGAACAGGAGCUGCGGGCGCUGUCUCAGCGGAGCGCGGGCGCGUGUUAAAAGGUUGUGUACCAGGUUUUGUGGGCGAUAGCAAAGGGAUAAGUGAUCCUUAAAAACACUCUUCUGAAAUAAUUGCAUUCCGUGGCUGGGUAUUUGGAAAGUAGGUGGCAUUUAGAACAGAGAGUGUUUAUGAGUCCGGGCUGAAUAGAGGCGUCCGUCUUCGCCUCUCCUCUCCAUGGUCAUGCGCGCUGUCCAGUCCCUCCGCGACCACACGGGGAAGAGGACGGUAAGUAGCUCUCCCUGGCCGGCUGCCUCGCACUUAACCUGAAAACUUAGUACGGAGCUCUUUUACAGUGUGACUAUUCCUAUUUAUAUUGAGCGCAGACUUUAAAACAAUGCCGCUGUAAUACAGUAAAUGUGUACUUGUAGCCUGCUUAGAGGACUGUGUGCAACUAUUGAAAAACACGUUUCUCUCCUGUGGACUCGUUUCUUGGGAGCGAAUGAGAAUUUGUUGCAUUUGUUCAACUUGUUAUAUACGGAGAAUAUUUCAAAUUAUGGUUUUUUUCGCAAUGUGUAAAUUAAAAACACAGUGUUCAGGCUUCACAGUUCUAUAAUGUAAGCACAACUUAAAAUGAAACUUAGUGACUGCACAAGAAAUUACAGAUAUAUUACCUGUUUUGUGAAUCUUGAUCUACAAUCAGUAAACGUUUGAUAAUCAGUCUGUC